UUAGAUGGCUACUGACGAUCCAUCCUCAUCGGCAGAAGCGAUGAGCCCGUUUUCCAACCAGUUCAAGAUUACCUUUGCGGCAAUCUUAUUCAUGACGUUUCUAGAAUGUGUUGGCUACAUGGCGGUUAUGCCGUCGCUGAUCUUUUAUGUCCGAGAAUUGGGCGGAUCGGAUGAACAAUAUGGUUUGAUUUUGGCGUCAGCCAAUUUUUCUUCCUUUCUGAUGAUGCCCUUGUAUGGCUCGUGGGUAGACGCAUUGGGCAAUAAAUAUCGGCUUCCCUUGUUUUUCGGUUCGAUCUUCUCCAUCAUUGGGAUGAUCCUCUAUUCCGUCGCCAUUUGCUUUCCCAAGCCUAUCGGUGUAUGGGUCUUGUUGUUAUCUCGAAUUAUAUAUGGGAUCGGAGCCUCGUCGGGAUCAAUCUACUUUUCCUACAUUGCCUCGGUUGUGGAACACGACCAGCUUACUUAUAGCACACAGUUGAUAUCCAUGGCCACAUAUGGAGGAUUAGCUGUUGGACCCUUUUUUAAUUCGAUGAUUUCAAACGUGAAUACAGAGUGGAACGUUCUGGGUUCCGGAUGGAUACUCCCGCUUGAUGCACUCAACGCUGUUGGCUUGCUCAUCGCCACCAAUGAUAUCAUUGCUUUGGUCCUAAUGUAUUUGUACGUGCCCGAGCCGCCAAAGAAAGAGAAAAGCGAAAGCGAAGCACAAACUGCUGGUGCUGCUGCUGCUGACACGACCGGCUCUACCGAUGCUGCAUGGAGUGAUGUUUUUAAAGAACUAAAAUCCUUUCGCUUGUUGUUGCCGCUAAUCACGACUUAUGUGGUCGGCGCCAACUACCAGCUAAUCGAGGCAUCCUUUUCUCCCGCAGCUAUGCACGGCUUGGGUUGGGGACCCGUUCAGACCUCGGCUGUGUUGGGGGGCAAUACAGUAACCUUGGUGCUGUUUACGUUCAUUUCCUUAUACUUGUCGACGGAAGUUAAGGUCCGAGAUGGGACAAUGAUUAUGGUCGGGUUUAUGUUGUGGUUUGUGGCUGGAAUCGGGAUGUAUGCCUUCUGGAUAUACCCCGCUACGGCGAUGGAUUAUGUGGUGCCAAUUUCAAUCGGUUUGGCGGGUUACCCACUAAUUGGACCCGCGACUCGAUCCGAAUUUUCGAGAUACAUUCACAUUCGACCGGAGUUAGAGCCGUUGCAAGCUCGUCUGCAGUCCAUCAUUGGCAUGGCAAACGAGGUGGCAAGCUUUACAACCCCGUUGUUUGUCGGUGCAUGUGUUUUGCGCUCUCCCGAAGAAGUAGAGGCAGGUAAAAACAACCACGAACUGACACCCUUUGCUCUCUACAUUCCGGUGUUUUCGGCCAUUUGCAUCUUAGGAUGGUUCUAUAAUGCGCUCCUUGAGAAGGACGAUGUGGACGAGGCUGAAGAGCUCGUGACAGAAGGUACUCCUCUCGUAUCCGAGGGAAAGAAMCCCCGCCAUAGCAUUGCAUGCAUCAAUUCUGAAUUUUCGGCCAAAAACGAAGUCAACCGAUUGCGUUCGGCUUCGAUUAUCCUUGGCGCCCACCGAAUGUCGGUUGUAGUGCCAUUCGAAACUGAACCAGAGAAAAAACUUCGUGAAAAGCUUAUGGAGGAAAAGAAACAAUGGGAAAAUAUGAUCCGUGAGAUGGAGCAAGAUGAAUAGAGUUCUUCGAUUCAGAUUUCAUCGUUGAAUUUUCAUGGCUUGUUCACUCUCUCUAUUCGUUAU